AUGGUCACCUUCCAGUAUGACCACUUUCCACCUUCAACAUCAUUCUAUCAACAACCUUCCAUCAUGGUCACCUUCCAGUAUGACCACUUUCCACCUUCAACAACAUUCCAUCAACAACCUUCCAUCAUGGUCACCUUCCAGUAUGACCACUUUCCACCUUCAACAACAUUCCAUCAACAACCUUCCAUCAUGGUCACCUUCCAGUAUGACCACUUUCCAUCUUCAACAUCAUUCUAUCAACAACCUUCCACCAUGGUCACCUUCCAGUAUGACCACUUUCCACCUUCAACAUCAUUCUAUCAACAACCUUCCAUCAUGGUCACCUUCCAGUAUGACCACUUUCCAUCUUCAACAUCAUUCUAUCAACAACCUUCCAUCAUGGUCACCUUCCAGUAUGACCACUUUCCAUCUUCAACAUCAUUCUAUCAACAACCUUCCACCAUGGUCACCUUCCAGUAUGACCACUUUCCACCUUCAACAACAUUCCAUCAAUAA